AUGGACGUCAGGACUCCAUUCCCAGCUCUCGAUCACCCAGAAUUGCAGGACCUUUCAUAUAUUGCCAUAACACGCUUCCUUCGCUGUGCAAGCAUGCUUAAGGAUGAUAUCCUCCUCCCUCAGCCUCACAGCAUUCCUGUCACCACUGCCCCUGAUGUUCUACCUCCAGGAAUCACUGAUUUUUUUAGCAGGUCCUUCAAUAUCUCCUGCGACGCAGUUGACGUACUCUGGGGUGCAGUCAAACACAUUGCAUGGACCCUUCCUGCUGACGGUGAAGAACACGAGGUUAUCGAGACAAUGUUUCAACAUCAUGGCCAGGAUCAAGGCAUCUCGGCCUAUGUUCUGUAUCCUCCAAUGAAGACGUGCGUGAACCCAGACUGCAUUGCUGUGCAAUGUGCUACACCACUGAAAAAGGAUGAGCCCCGUCGUGUUGUCAUCUUCACUCAGGCAUUCGGUGUUCGUUGUGCAUGGUCUGUCCAUUUAAAAUGCAGAUCGUGUAACGUAAAUUACCACCACAAUUAUGCCGUGCACGGGGCAUCAAGGCAGUAUUAUUCUGGUGUACCAAAAUACAUCCAAGUCGGGGAGCAUCAGUUUGUUGAACGGGAGCUUGCGAUGCAUUGGAUCGACCUGAUGCGAAUCCCUGUCUCCGCUACCGACUGUGCUCGUCUGUACAACGAGGCACAAGCUCGACGCAAAAAUGUCACCUGUGAAUGGCAGUUUAACACGACUGAGGAAGUAUGGGAUGCGUUCACUGUCUUAGCACUCCUUGAUGACCAUCAGCUUCGGAAUACAAGUCUUUGUGUACCCCAUGAUAAUUCCCAGAGUGCCCGCAAUGAAAGGAUUAUUACUGAAGGCCAAGAUGAGCUCCCACAUGCGUGCUAUGGAUGCAUGCGCCUCUUUUCCAUGCCUGAUGGCACCACUCACUACACUGAGGUCGUUGUCACCGAUGGCAUCACUGUUGGACGGCCCUGUUGUGCUGUACCGCAUUGCAAAAACGCACUUGCCAGCACUCACAAUCGCUUUUGUUCAGCCAACCCCAGUCACAGGCAGCUCGAAACCAUAUGUGCAGUCGAUGGGUGUGACCAACCUGUCAUCCGUCAUGGUCAAGGUGACAAGCUGCGCAAAACCUGCAGUAACCCACUCCACAUGAAUAUGGAGGAUGCAAAAGCAGUGCUCUCAUGGAGUGGAAAGAGCAAGACCCAGAGGAUGAAGACUGCCAAGUUGAAUGAUGCACUUGCAGCUUCGUCCCAUGAUCAUCCAGAGGAUGAUUUGCCUGUUGAAGACUUUGAUGAAUGGUACGAGCACGAUGAGUCGACUGGCAAUGUGCGCCUCAAGCAGGCAUCAGCGGCCUUGUCAAUGGGAGUUGUCAAUCCUUCACUCACGCAGAAUGAAUCACGUCACAUUCUCAAAGUAUGCCCAAGCAAGGACGAUGUCCCAAAGCUCAAGCUGUUUGUGCGUCCUUGUGGUAUUAUCUCAGGACGAGGUACUAUGUACCAUCACGAAGCUGUGUCAAAUGUCUUGAUAUUGUUCGAAAAGACAUUCUCUCUUCCACGAGCACGGAAACCCCAGCAUCUCAUAUACAAUUCCAAUUGCAAUGCUCUCCGCGAGGUUGAGAGCAGGAAAAUGAAGUUCUUUGAGGGGAUUGGAAUGUGUGUAGACGCUUUCCACCAUACAACGAAACACAAGGCUAGUGAUCAGUUUUGCCAGGAGCGCUGCAGCAUGAAGGCCUACCCCAAACUGCUCAAUGAAGACGGCAAAUAUUACUUCAACUCCUCGAUUGCAGAGCAGACAAACAUGUGGUUUGGUGGGUUUCAUAAUAUGUGCCAUGAGAUGACACCAGUCAAAUAUGAUUUUUUCCUUGAUGAAGUGAUCCUUCGUCACAAUCGUGCUACUGUUAUUAACUUACAUCGCCAGGGUAAACAACCUCAUCACCCUCAUCUGUCCACAUAG